UGAAGACAGCGACAGGUGAGGGAACUUUAGUGAGGUGUUUUCACUUCGCCGGCUUCACUCAAAUCCUGAAAAUGGCGACGCCGAAGUCGCCAGCUAAAUUUCGCUCGUGGAGUUCGAUGGACUCUAUCGAUCCAGCUGACAUUCGACGACUAUAUGACCCGGAAUCAUCGUCGAAAUCUUCGUCGGUUCGAUGUGUGAGCACAUGGAUGUUUUCAUUGCUUAUUUUGGGAUCUACCGUUCUGUUUCUAAUCGGUUUAUUGGUAGGAUACUAUGUUAGGGAAAGUCAAAACUUAGACAGUGAUAGAACUAUAGGACACUGUUAUUAUGGAGAGAGAAGCGAUGGCUUUUCAAAACAACAGUUGGAAUCGGCGCACGAAAACAUCAUGUAUUCUCUUUCGUCAGAGAACAUCAAUGCUGUUAAAAGUGAGUUUUCAUUCAGACGAAAACUAACCUCCAACUCCGGAUGGGACGAAAAUACUGUCAGCUUUGUUAAAUCGGAAUUCACCAAAUAUGGUUUGGACAAAAUUAGUGUUGAGGAGUAUGAUGUUGUCGUCACCUAUCCUAAUCCUGUUCAACCCAAUAGGUUAGAGGUCAUCACCUCAGCAGGCCAGGUCAAAUUAAAUUUGACCUUUGGUUCAGGUCAGAGGUCAAGUGUCGACAAAAAAAAGCGGGGUGCUGAUGAUGUGGAAGAGAUGAGAAAACACCUUGUUGAGCCUUAUGUAGCAUUUGCUCCCUCUGGAACUGUACAGGGUGCCUUGGUGUAUGGUCACUAUGGACGGAUGGUUGACCUUGUACAGGUCAACAAGAGUGGUGUCACACUCAAGAAUAAGAUACUCAUCCUCAGGCUCGGCAAACUGGCAGUCACAGAAAAGCUGGCGCUGGCUGCCCAGUGGGGUGCUGUCGGUGUUCUACUUUACAUCGACCCUGCUGACCUGGGUGGGACUGUGGAUAGAGUAACCUCCCCUGAUUUACAGAAGUUUGUACCAUACGUGUCUGCAGGUGGAAAGGUUUACACAGCCAAUCCCUAUGGAGUUUCUAUCGUGCCAGCUCAGACUGUUUCCAUAGAAACAGCAACUUUCCUUAUGAGCUCUCUGAUUGAACCGUCUGCUCCUGCAUCCUGGAAUGGUGGAUUGAAUGCUACUUAUCGUCUCCAAGGCCAGCACACAGUGAGGCUCAUUGUCAACAACAUCAAGAAGGUGGAGACUGUGAGGAAUGUUGUGGGUGUUAUUGAAGGAGAUAUAGAAGGAGAUCGGAACAUCAUGGUGGGAGCUGCACGGACUGGUGGGUCUCAGACAGAAUCCAUGGUCUCCAUGGGAACCAUCAACAUGCUGGAGCUGGCUCGCAGCAUUGCAUCUAUACGACGUCUGGAAAAAUGGCUCCCUCGACGCGGAAUCAAGUUUUACUCAUGGGGCGGAGCACAGUUCUCUCACUCUGGUAUUGAAGAGUACCUGAAGGAGAAUCGCCUCAUUGUACAGACCAAGGCUGUAGCCUACCUUGACCUUGACCUCUACAUGCGAAGGAGCGAUAGUCUGCGGGCACCCAAGAUGGACGUGACCACAAGUCAUCUGCUGUCAACUCUGGUCGAAAAAGUCUCAACAGUUGUGCCCGAUGCUGCCUUUUCCGAGUUAACGAUCAAAGAUAGCCUCUCUCUGACUGUAAAUGAGUACAGGAAGUCGAUCAGUGCCACAGACUACCUCCAUGGAAACCAAGGUUCUCUGUUCUUAUUCCAGGAACUAGGGAUCCCGGUUUUUAAAUCUGGAUUUGAUCUCCCUGGUGCUAUGAUAAAGAAUGGCUCACUUCAUGACUCCGAGCAUCACUACCGGUAUCACUUGGCUGCUGCCAGAGUUAUGGCCCUUGUGAUACUAAAUCUGGUUGAUGAAAAUAUCCUACCGCUAGAUGUCGCUGGCUUUGCAUCAUCCAUUGACGAGGCCAUGAUACAGACAGCAGACUUAAAAGACAUGAGUGAACUUAUAGAUAAUUUGGUGAUCACAUCAGAUGUGUUUCUGACCACUGGGAAGGCCUUUGAGGUGUAUAUAGAAUCUCUUGGACCCAACAAAGUUCCUCUAGAGGCGCGCAGAGUCAAUGAUGCUCUCAUGAUGCUGGAUAAAGUCUUCCUCUCUCCUCUCAUUAACAGGAACAGUGCCAGUCUACUGUACGAGACAGACAAUCAAGGCCAACUGACGGUCAUCAAGGAGAUGGCUGCCCUGUCCGAGUCUACGGACGACUGGACAAACUUUGAUUGUUUACUAGACUCAUUCUCUAAUGCAUUAAAACAAAGUAUAAGUAUCCUACAGCUGAGUUAGUGAUCGUGGUGACCAGUGGUCAGUCUACAUUAGUGACAGUGGCUGGACUGUUGGUCAGUAAAAGAACAUUCUGAUACUGCUGAGCUAGUGAUUGUGGUGACCAGUGGUCAUCUUACAUUAGUGAUAGUGACUGGACUGUUGGUCAGUAAAUGUAAAUUCUUAUACAGCUGAGCUAGUGAUCGUGGUGACCAGUGGUCAGCUUAUGUUAGUGUUACUGGCUAGACUGUUGGUCAGUUUAAAGUAUAUUCCUAUACAGCUGAGCUAGUGACCGUGGUGAUGAGACAUUGGUUCAUCACAUACUUCUUACAUGCAGCUUUAAACAACGUUUGACCAGUGGUCAAGAAACAUGGUGUUCCUUAGGUCACUUACAUCCUACUGCUUUAUUGUCAUUCUCAUCAUCGGUCAAGAAAAAGUAUUUAUUGAUGGUACUUCCAACAGCUUUACACACAUUUUGACCACUGGUCAAGAAACAUGGACUUGAUGUUGUUCAUUGAUGAUAAAUCUUACAGCUUUAUUGACAGUUAUGACCAACGGUCAAGAAACAUUGACAUUGGUGUUCGUUGAUCAUGCUUCCAGCAGUUUUGGCACAUUUUGACCAUUGGUCAAGAAACAUUGACCAUACAGUGUUAAUUGAUGAUACAUCCAACAGCUUUAGUAACAUCCUGCAUCCGUAAAGAAACAUGAACUUGAGUUCAUAAAGAUUACAUCCAUGAAGCAUUAAAAUGAAUUCAGACCAUCGGUCAAGAAACUGCAGCAUCCAUUGAUGAAGUCAUUUUAGUCAGUCAAAUCACAGCUGACCUACAGUACUAUUUAAGGGCUGAAUGGAGUGGUCAGUUGGAAAUAUAAUUGAAUGGUGUAUUUAUGUUCUCCUCUGACUGUAAACUGAGAGAAAAAAAUCUCGAGCCAUUAUUCUGUGAAUAAUGUGAUGACAACCAUCAUAUGAAAUUUGGUCCAAAAUAUCACCUUAAACAUACUUCUAAGAACAGAGAUCUUAUGAAUUCUAAAUGAUCUCAAGAGACUGUCCCAUGCCAUUGUUACAAUGAUGCAUCCAGUAUGUGCUGUUGUUAUUGUGAUCAUAAAUCAUCAGUACAUGUGUCGUCCAAAAUGUUUACAACGCUUGCCAAAAUAUUCCUAAGUGUAUUCUACUUGUUAAUUUAAGCAUCAAACGGAGGUCACAAGCAGAUAUGGUGUCAUCAGUGUGAACUCAAGAAAUCCUCAUAUUUUUAAAAAUCUACAAAAUUUGAACCAAUAAGGUGUAAAUGUGUACAUGUGGAAUGUAGCUAUGGUGACUUUAUAAUGAAUUCAUGUGUUUUAAAAUUUCUACAAGACAGAAAAUAUGAACCAGUUAAUUAUAAAUGUGUAUCGAUAAAGCUAUUGGACUUUAUGAUUAAAGUCAUUGUAUUAUUCUUACUUAAGUGGGAAGUGCAAUUUUGUAAGUAAGAGUUUGUGUAAUAGGGCUGCGUUUUUUGCAUGUUCGUAUGACAGUUCUAGAUUUGAGGUGGAGCUUCCACAUCUAGAUUCCGUGGUUUAUUAUCGGUUUACAUGUUUCGACUAGCUACGUUAGCAGUCACCAGAACUGGAGAGCCGUCGAUUGACUGAUGACAGCUAGGCUAGCUAGUCAAAAUAUCCUUGGUAGUUUUUGUUUUUUGUACAUUUUACAUGUUUGGUGUAAACCGGUAAUAAACUACAAAAUCUCGAUGUGGAAGCUCCAUUUUAUAUGUUGCCUUCCAUGAUGGGGCUCUACUGAAUUUCAUUGGGUAUCCAUUUUGGAUUCCUAUCUACGACUAUAGACAACCCGGACAUCGGUUCUCUCUCACUCAGAUAGGAGUCCCAUUUCUUGUUCUAGAUCUGGUAAUGAAAUUCUUUUGUUUCCAUUUUUCCAUUACGCAUAUUCUUUUUUUUCUCUCUAAAAAAUUAUUUGAAACUUUAAUUUAAUUGAUUUUCUUGAAGUAUAUAUUGAAAUGCAUCUCAAAUAUUAUCAGAUCUGUAAGAAAAUGUUCUUUAAAAAACAUUUCUCAUUUUUAGAUCUGUUAGCGAUGGUAUAUUUGUUUAGAAAAAUUGCUUUAUUAGAAUUUCUUGUCCUCAAUUACAGAAUGUUUUUGAAAAUCAUCAUAAAAUCUGAAUUUGUAAUCAAAAUAUGAUUUCAUCGUUAUAAAUAAUCUCGCUAUUUUGUAAGUUAUAUUUUUCAUUUUUUUUUGCAUGAUAUUUAGGAAUAGGUGGUAAUUAUGUAUUUUUGUAAAGUAUUUGUUGUUCAAACUUGAUUAUUACCAAUAUCAAAUAUGUUUGUAUUCAAAAUCUAGUCAGAUUCACAAAUUGAUGAAUAUAGAUAUAUGUCGUGUAAAUACUACUUUGAUUUAGAAAUAUACCGAAAUUUGUAAAUAGCUUUAAAUACUUUGCUUUAUAUUUAAAUUCAAAUUAUCUGUUUAACAUGAAUUUCAGGUAAAUAGAUUUGUUGAGGUGAUUUGUGCUACGAUUUGUUAGUCUUAUUGCACACAAAUGUAAAUACAUUUGCUUUAUAACACGAAACUUGUAAUGAGAUUUUCAUUGUAAUUCUUCAGAGACUUGGUAAAAUGAGAAAUUCACUCUAGUUUCAUAGCUUUCAAAUGAAAUAGAAAAUUUGACUCAUUUAAGAUACUAUAUCUAGAUUUGUUAUUUUCCAAAUCAGAAUUUUUUGAAAGUGUAUUAAAUAAUGGUACUGCAUACUUUUGGUCUAUGUUAACCAUAUUGAAACCAAAACAAGGUAUUGUUUUGUAAAAAAACAUCCAAAUGUUCUUGCCUGUAAAAUGAAGCACGUUUGCAAGGAGACUGACUUUCAGUCAAUAUGUUUUUCUUGUUUGAGGACUUGAGCAAGUCUUAUAAGAUCCUGUAGACUUGCUCAAGUCAAUAUAUAGACAUGAAAAGUUUGUAAUUUACGAUAAAUCAACAAAUUUUGUCUUUAAUGUACUCAUUUUACAGUUUCCAGACAAUUACUCCCAAUCUAAACCCCCUGACCAAUAAAUGGAGUGAUAGCAUAGAAAUACUUGGGUCUUUGAAAAGAUUUGCAUAAUCAUAAUAUGCUUAGCAUACUUCUUGGAAUGCGAUUGACUUGCAAAGCAGAAAUGGUUCAUUGAAUUUUUGUUACCAUCAAAUUUUUCCUAUUUGCACCAUUUCUGAAAUGACAUACAUUCCCUAUUAUUAUUUUUUUUUUGGGGGGGGGGG